ACCCCCACAUAAUGAUGAUGAUUUAAAACAUUUUGAAGACAACCUUCGGGAGAAGAUGAAUAUUUUUCACAAUGAGGUUACUACAAAUGAAGCAACUGCAAAAGAAUUUAUUUUGGUAGAAGUGGAACUCGAUAGAAGCCAUGGCUACGGUGUUUUGGAUUACGGUAUCUAUAUACAAAAAAUCCCUGUUUUGGUGACAGAAGCCAAACUAUAUAAAAGCGAGAAAGCCAUUGCACAAACUCUAGUACAAAUUCACAGUCGUUUUUGGCGUUUUAUCCGAUGGAAUGGGUCAUUAGAAUGCCCAAAAGCAAAGAUAACUCAAGAAUACCCUUGUAUUUUUAAAAAUGAUAUGAAAGAAGCCAAAAGGGUGGUCUCUUACAUUGUAUAUGUGCUACAAGCACAAGCUAAAUCAUUGAACAAGGAGAAACCAUUCACUAUUAAUAACCAAAAUGCAUCUUCUACAAAAGAUAAGAAAUCUAUUAUUACCGAUUCCACCCAGCUCCAGAAAGGUGAGUCUAAAUAUUUAUUUGAAUCUCCAACAGAGCCUGUGAUAUCUAUAACAUCUUUACAACAAGAUAUUGUUGAUGACGAUUUGGCUAGUACCCUUGAAUUCAUAGAAAUGAUACAUAAAGAAAUGUGGCUAAUGAAAUAA